CUUCUCAUUUAUAUACGCACCUCUCUCUCUCUCCCCCUUUGUUUCUAGGGCUUGUAAUUUUGCAAUUGAAGUCUACGAAAAUGAAGGAUCCAGCCAAACCCACCAACCAAUCAAACCCCUUUCUAACAUUAAAUUACCUUUUCGUCAUCAGAUGUUCCUUUUGUCUGGGUAAUUCGAAACCCUGAUUAAGAUAAUCCAAGAAAUUGGAGUCUAAGUUGUCUCUAUUCUUGCCUUCUCUUUGAUUUUUAGUUUUGAUGAGUGGAUUACUUAGAGCAUCUCCAUCAGAUGCGUCAAACGUACUUGUUAGCUAACUUGGCAAAGGAUUUGCAAGAAAAGUCACUCCACCAGUCUCGCUACUUGCCGGGCCAGAAUAGUAGCAGUACGAAAGCCUCGUUGCAUCUAGUGAGGGUUGAAGUCUGUCUAGAUAUUAAAAAACUAUUUUUUCUUCUUCAAUACAAUGUCUCUCUCUCUUUCUCUCUCUCUCUCUCUCUCUCUCUCUCUCUCUCUCUCUCUCUUUAUUCUCCUCAUCAGUUUGUUCUCCAAACAAAAAUUCAACAUAAAUUGCAGGUAUUUUUGUAGCAUUGGCAUUGCGUUUCGAUGUGUGCAAGGGGAAAGAGAACCAGUAUUUCAAGAGUGCUUUUCUAGGAUAUACUGUUGGUUUGGUCCUUACUAUUAUUGUCAUGAAUUGGUUUCAAGCUACACAAAACCUGAACAUCCAAGUGACAAAUUGAUGAAGAACAAUUGUGAAAGGACCUUCAGCCCAACAACAAUGUCUCUAGCAUCAACAUCAGCAUCAUCACCACAAUUGUAAUUAAGAUUUUCUUUAAUUUGGAUUUUAAUUGUUGGUUUGGAUAGUAUAUGUAUUUGUUGGAUAAUACUAUAUUUAUGGAUUUUUAUUUUGUUUGAUAUGUAUGGUUAAUAGUUAAGUUUUGUA